GAGCAGAGGCCGAGAGCCAAGUCCUGGUUCUGUUCGCCUUCAGGGAGCCUGAGCAGAGGAGCCCGGAGUUACCGGUGAUCCAGAUCUGAUUCGAACCCACUGAGAUCAGCACUCCCUCCCACUCAGGACUUUCUACACCUAGACCAGGACUCCAGAGAACACCAGACUUCUCAAAGAAGGCGAUUGUGAUUUUGAAUUCCUUGGUAGAGGAAAACAGAACGCUGUGGUCUUGCUGCCGAGGAUGCAAGUGUGACUGCCGGCGUCUUCAUGAGCUCCAGAGGUCACAGCACGCUGCCGCGGACUCUCAUGGCCCCUCGGAUGAUUUCCGAGGGAGACAUAGGAGGCAUUGCUCAAAUCACCUCCUCUCUCUUCUUGGGCAGAGGCAGUGUGGCCUCCAACCGGCACCUCCUCCAGGCGCGUGGGAUCACCUGCAUCGUUAAUGCUACCAUUGAGAUCCCCAAUUUCAACUGGCCCCAAUUUGAAUAUGUUAAAGUGCCUCUGGCCGACAUGCCUCAUGCCCCCAUUGGACUGUACUUUGACACCGUGGCUGACAAGAUCCAUAGUGUGAGCAGGAAGCAUGGGGCCACCCUGGUGCACUGUGCUGCAGGGGUGAGCCGCUCGGCUACUCUCUGCAUCGCUUACCUGAUGAAGUUCCAUAAUGUGUGCCUGCUGGAGGCAUACAACUGGGUGAAAGCCCGGAGGCCUGUCAUCAGGCCCAACGUAGGCUUCUGGAGGCAGCUGAUAGACUAUGAGCGCCAGCUUUUUGGGAAGUCGACAGUUAAGAUGGUACAGACACCUUAUGGCAUAGUUCCAGACGUUUAUGAGAAAGAGUCCCGACACCUGAUGCCUUACUGGGGGAUUUAAUGCCACCACAGCCUGCAUCAGCAGCCCCUUGAGCAGUACCAGCAUCUGCUACACACCUUUCUUUUCAAAUAGUUGACUUUUGGUUCUUCCUGAAGUGUUUUUUACACUGGGUGUUCAAGUUUAUUUUAAGAGGGGAGGAACAUAAGGGGAAAGCAUACAUUGCUAGUAACAUUUUUAAAACUAACGUUUUGGAAUAGCAUUUAUGAAACUCUUUAACUGGCUUUUAAUCAUUUUUAACACUUUGAACAGUUUAAUAAACUGUUUGGUUCUGCUCCAUUCUGAAACCCAUGCCUUUUGGCUUCAUGGCAGGGGCAAGAGGAGCUCAGUGCAAAAAUCACUUUGGGCCCUGUCAACCCUUUAGAGACCAGCUUUGUCCAGGGCUGCCCACCAAGCAAUGGCUUAGGGAAGGACACCAGCUCCAGUCUCUAUUGGAUUCGCCCUACUCUUUUCCUUUUCUUCUAUUAUUUAGUGACACUGUAAGUUAAAAAAAAAAUUAUUUAGCUGUUGAGUAAUUAUAAUGAAAUCUGCAAAAACCCUCUUGGGAUCAUUGUGCCCCAGGAUUCCUAUAUUAGCAUUAUUUUUAAUAAAUAGAUAUCUGCUUAACA